CAGCAAAGCUGUUGAACAGCGCCUCUAGAGUCACCAAAAAACGCCGCGCGCUCACACAUUUCGGCGCGGCACCGCCAGUGCUGGCUCGCGGCGGCGCCUCCGUCAGGAUCACAGCUCAGAGUCAGAGGACAGUUCGGCUCCACUCUUGGGUUUUCCUCAUUCCCGUCGAGGGCGGCCGUCCCCCAGAAACCCGGAUUUUACGGCUGUCGAGAGGAACUCGAGUCGGAGGGGAGGACGCGGAGCAACGCAGAGCCAGGCGAAGAAGAAAAGUUCAGGGAGGAUCAUCUGCUGUCUGAAAUCCCCCUGUGGCUUUGAAAUAGAGGACUGCUACCGUUAUUGGAGAACAUCUGAGGCAAUUUGGAACCAUACUCUUGGCAGGUUCCAGUGGUUGGUACUCUUCGCUCCUCCAACUAAUACUCCAUGGCGACCAGUUUGGAACUUUGAGCCAUUGCUCUGUCAACCUUUCUUUGGCGAUUUGGAGUGGAGAGCCGUUUUUGCCCUUUCUUCUGCAGUACCCUUCUGUGUCGUGUAGCUACAUGGAGGGUUUUCCUGUCCUGACCUAGCAGGCUGCCACACAGACCAGCAGCCAUGUCAGCCUGCAGCACCUUCACUGAGCAUGUGUGGAAACCGGGCGAGUGCAAGAACUGUUUUAAACCCAAGAGUCUGCACUGUCUGGCUCAGACUGGCGGGGGCAAGCCACCUUCUGAACAGAGGCUUCAAUCAAAUCAGCCCCAAAGUCCACCCCCUUGUGGGACCAAAGCUAACCCUAAUCUUAACUCCAGCUCCCAUAGGGCUGGAAGCGGAACUGCACGCUCAGCAAACUUCCGUCCACCGGUGGCCAAGAAACCAACCAUUGCAGUUAAGCCCACCAUGAUGGUGCACAACUCCUCACCUGGGCUGGAUUCAGAUGGGAACCUACAGCAACCACCAAAUGUAUUAAAACAAAGCAAAACAUCAGCUGUUUCUGUACAUAAUCGCAACGGGCUAGUGUGUAGGAGGCCCGGUGAAGCAAACAACAACAACGAAGGUGAAGACUGCACAGACGAAUUUGAUGGUUAUGGACAAAUGAGCCCAAGAACGCCCAGUGGAAAUAACAACAGUGGACUGACAGAUGUCCUUAAGGAAAUCGCCGGUUUAGGCUCUAGCCCCACUUACUUAUCUGGAUCCAAGGACUUAUUUUGGGGACGAAUCAGCAGUUCAUAUAGAAGGUCUUUGGAGAGAGGUCUGCCGGCCUCCAGCUGUCUGGCCAUUGGAAGCAGCGUUAGCGGAGGAACAUCUCAAAAGCGUGUAUCUCUAAGUGAAAGUGCAAAGGUCAUUAGUACAGAGGGAGGUCGCUUCUGCUACCCAGAGUUUUCCAGUGAAGAUGAAUAUGAUGAGGAUGAAGACGAUGAAGAUACUGAGAAAAAUGACAAUGAACACGAGAGCUGGGAUGAAAGCGACGAAGAGUUACUCGCCAUGGAGAUCCGUAUGCGAGGCCAACCACGAUUCGCAAAUUUCCGCGCUGCAACUUUGUCCCCAGUUCCCUUUGCUGCAGGGAAAAAAUGGAAUACUGUCCCACUCCGUAACCGCUCCCUGCAAAGGAUUUGUGCUGUGGAUUAUGAUGACAGCUACGAUGAGAUCUUAAAUGCUUAUCCCUCUGUGAACUCCAACGGAGGUAUACUUCCUUAUGGACCUUGUGAAACUCAUAACAGUACAUUUUUGUCAAAUUCAGAGUCCACUACAUCUCCAGAGUCUUCAUCGUCCCUUCCAGAGGAUUCACAAACAACCUCUAGCAGUGGGAGCAGUGCCAACUGUGUCCUCAAGAAUGGAAUCAAUUCACCCACAUCUUCUAAUGCGCCUAUCCUCUGUACUUCUCCUGCAAACCCAGAGGCUGUCAUCGUUGCAACAAGCCCACUUAAAGUUUCUGAAACACACAAAGCUGUCCUUGCCAUUAGGUUAGAGGAUCAGGAUGGCAGGGAGCGCAUGCCAAUGCCCCAAGCUCUUCCAGGUCAACCAGUUACUAUAAGUUUUAGUCCCACAGAGGAACAAGCUAAACCAUAUCGUGUAGUUAACUUGGAAAAAUCAAUGAUAUGCAAGCCAUACACUGUAGUAGAUGUGUCGGCAUCUAUGGCUAAUAAAGAUGAACCGACUACCGAUUCUUCGCUGCAAUCAAGAAACCUUUCAAAGCCUUCCAGCCCAGUAUUAUUCUGCAGCACUCCUGUAAGCCUACUGCCUUCUCCAAAGUCUCCUGUUUCCUCAUCUACCUCUAUAAUUCCAACAUCACCUGCACCUAUUGUUCCAUCUCCCCAAAAGAAGACCGGCAUAAUACGCUACCAGGAGGUGUGGACAUCAAGCACGAGUCCUCGCCAAAAGAUCCCUAGAGUCGAUCUGGUGACUGGCAAUAAUUCUGGCCCUUCUGUUACAACACAGUUUUGCAGUCACAAGUCAGCUCCCACCUCUCCCAUUGCCGGAUUGUCCUCCUCCCGAACAGUGCCUGUAAAAUCCCCUAAUUUAUCAGAGAUUAAGUUCAACAGUUUCAAUAACGCAGGCAUGCCUCCUUUUCCUAUCAUCAUUCGAGAUGAGCCGGCCUAUGCCCGCAGCUCCAAGAAUGCUGUCAAGGUUCCAAUAGUUAUCAAUCCAAGUGCAUAUGACAACCUUGCUGUGUACAAGAGCUUCUUGGGACUCCAUGGCGAGCUGGCACAGGCGAAAGGGGUCGGUGGCCGGGUGACCAGCCACACCUAUGAGGAAAUUGGAUCCUCUGAGAGUGUCCAGUCCUCUUCAACAGAACGAUCUCUCUCUGGUAGAGGCACAUCAGCAUCAGAGCGAGCAUCUUUCGAGGAGCCAAAAUAUGCACCUGACAUGAUAUCAAAAGCAUCAAAUCUGCAAUCUAGAACCACUACAGAGUCUAACACUGUAAUGAGCUCCACGACUGGGCCCUUAUCUCUCACUACUUCGACAAAUACUCUUGUUACUCUUACAGCAGAUCGUACUAAAUCCAGCCCGACUGUUACCAUCACAACAGGUACGACAGGUAGAGAUGCUGCUAGCAUUAAGGAAGAUGAUAAAGACCCAUCUUUUUCUACUAGAACAGUAGGAAGCCACAGAGAGGAGGCCAGUGCUGUGCUGUCACAGAUUGUGGCCUCCAUCCAGCCUCCAAAAUCCCCUCCUGAGUUACCCUCUACAUAUGAUAAUUCUUCCACGUCUGAUGAACUAUACGCUCUCCCACCUGACGCAAUUAAGGAGACCCUUAAUCAGCCUAAGACUCUCUUUUCCUCCACUGAUGGUUGCCUCUCCAAACCGAAGGACAAUCCUUCAAAAGUUUUAUCCAAAUCCCAGAGUGCCUCUGCUGCAGUUCCCCUCUCCUGCCCCCGAUCAGAGCCUAAUGCCCCCUUUCCUCCUCCAAGAUCUACAUCUUCUCCCUACCAUGCCUCCAACAUACUGCAGAGACACUUCAGUAACUGGACUAAGGGCGUUGCUUCUAGUUCUCCAGUGCGACCCAUUGAAGGGGAAGCAAACCCUCGUGGAGAAGGAAAGCAUGUCCCAACAGAAAGCUCCAAACCCAAACGCUGGAUCUCCUUCAAGAGUUUUUUCCGUCGACGUAAAGAUGAAGAUGAGCAGAAGGAGAAAACUGAAAAGGACAAGAAGGGCAAACUGCUUGGACUUGACGGUACCAUCAUCCAUGUGCUUCCACCACCACCUGCUCAGCACCAAAACUGGUUCACUGAGGCCAAACCAGAGGACCCCAGUCAGAAGUCAACCAUUAUUUUCACAUAUAAACCAGAUGCUGGCAGUAGCUUCACUGAAGGAGAAGGACAACUACAAGUAGAGGGAAGCAUGGGCAAUGACCUGCUAACACAAGAUGGGGGUGACAAACCAAAAUCUUUGGGUUCAGAACAGAUGCAGUCUUCAGAAACUGUUGGAGGAGACUUCAUCAGCAAGAACCUCAGCCAGUUACCGGUCAGUGGGGGCAGGGAUCGGCAGCUGCCUACGAUCACCCCUCUGCCUCCCAAAGUGAAUCUGGGCCUUGUGUUUGGGGAGCGAGAGGAGGCCUUCGCCAACCUCAUCAUCAGGGCCGCCGCUUCAGCCAGCGAGGGCAGCGCCAGCUUCGGGGAGCCUGAGGAGGAUGGCGCUCGUUCACAACGCUCCGCCUCCCCCGCUUCCAGCCAGUGCAGCGCCACCUACAGCAACCUGGGUCAAUCACGAGCCAACAUGAUCCCACUGAAACAGCCACGGAACACCAAAGCAUCCAAUGACACCUUGGCCUCCAUUGACUCUGAAGGCUCAGUGGAACAGCCACACCCUAAAACCACGCCGCCGCCGCUGCCUAAGAAGGUUCCUCGCUCGGUCACUGAACCCAGCCUGACUUCUGUCAAACCUCGGGCUGAGGCCAAACCAGGCGGCACUAACCUGAGUGUGGCGAAUCCUCUCUAUGACCUGGACUCCACCUGGGAGACAGCUAGCCAGAGCUCGUCUCACAGCUCUGAGCCUCAUCGAGCUCAGGGUCAGGAGAGCGGCGACUCUUUGGAGAGGCCCUCAGCUGGUAAAUCUGCCAACAACAGCCACCUGACAAACAGCGCCUCCUCCCUGGCCUCGCAGCCUGCGCCUGCUGCACCCGCUGCACCCAGCGUCGCCUCUGGCAGAGAGAAGAGAGUCUUCCCGAGCACAGAAUCUCUGGGUGAGAGACGCCAGACAGCAGAUCGAGCUCCUGCUGGAGCAGCCAGCUCCAAACCGCAGAUUCCUGGUCUGUAUAAGGGACUGGACAGCUGGGAUGAGGUGGUGGGGAGGAUCCGGGGGCUCCACAUGGACACGCUGCGGAAGCUGGCAUCCAAAUGUGAGGACCGCUUCAUGGCUGGCCAAAAGGAUCACUUAAGAUUCGGCACAGACAGCUGGUCCCACUUCAGACUGACCACCGGCAAACCUUGCUGCGAGGCAGGAGACGCCGUCUACUACACCGCCUCUUAUGCCAAGGACCCGCUGGUCAACUACGCCAUCAAAAUCUGCCGCAGCCACAUGAAAGAGACCCAGCAGCAGUUCUUCCACAGUCUUGCCGUGAGGCAAAGCCUGCCGCUCCAUUUCAACAUCCAGCAGGACUGUGGACACUUCCUGGCAGACGUCCCCACCCGUCUGCUGCCCUGGGAGGAGGAAGACGAGGAGGAAGAGGCGAAGGGGGGCGCAGAAGGACUGACAGAAACAGAGAAAGACGUGAACACAAAACUGACCGACUCCGCCCCGAUCGGUAAACUAGGGGAUAGUGCGGCGGCGGCUACGGCGGCUACGACGGCGGGCCGCUUGAAGAGCCGCGUGGUGGUGAUCACACGCGAGGUGCCUUUCCAGACGGUGGCUGACUUUGUCAGAGAGGGCGCCGCCAGACAUACUCAGAACCCGGAGCUGUACGAACGGCAGGUCUGCCUGCUGCUGCUGCAGCUCUGCUCCGGCCUGGAGCACAUGAAACCUUUCCACGUGACCCACUGUGACCUGCGCCUGGAGAACCUGCUGCUGGUCCACUGCCAGCCAGGGAACCCCUGGAACCUGGACUUACUUGAGCCCAACAACAACAGCAGCAGCACUGCGGGCGCCACUUCCUCCAGCGCUGCUGCCAACGCCACCUGCCCCGCCCGCCUCAUCAUCAGCAACUUCUCCCAGGCGAAGCAGAAAAGCAGCAUGAUGGUGUCAAAUGCCGGGACGCUGCGGGACCAGUCCAGGCUGGCUCCCGAAAUCAUCACAGCCACACAAUACCGCAAGUGCGACGAGUUCCAGACGGGCAUUCUCAUCUACGAGAUGCUGCACCGACCCAACCCGUUUGAGGAGACGCCCCAGCUGAAGGAGAAGGAGUACACGUGGGCGGACCUGCCGGCGCUGCCCAACAGGUCUCUGUACUCUCAGGGCCUGCAGCAGCUGGCCCGGCUGCUGCUCACCGUCAACCCGUCCGAGAGGAUCCGCAUGUCUGAAGCCCGGGCCUGUCUGCAGUGCCUGCUCUGGGGCCCCCGGGAAGACCUGUUCCAGGCUUUGGGCAGCAGCAGCACCGGCACCAUGUCGGCGUUUGCUGCCAGCCAUCAUGCAGACACGCUCCAAAACUGGCUGGACCUGAAGCGGACGCUGAUGAUGAUCAAGUUUGCCGAGCGCUCUCUGGACUCGGCCUGCAGUGUGAGCCUGGAAGACUGGCUGUGCUGCCAGUAUCUGGCGUUUGCCACCACAGACAGCCUGAGCCGGGUUGUGCACAUCCUGCAGCGGCACGCUCCACCGCACAACCAGAAUCAAACCAAAACACACACCCCAGACCCCCUCCACCUGGCUCCCUCACAGCCUCUCUGAGCUCCUGCACUCAGCUGUUCCCAUAGCAACAGAUCCAGAUUGGUGAAGGGAUGCUGGUGGGAGCUUUGUUGUUGCAGCAGCCACAGUGCUCCCAUGACAGCAGCAUGUUUACCCAUCAGGCCUCACAGUGACAGAGCCAAUAAGAUCUCGCAGGAAGAAGGAGGGAUGUUUCAUUUCUGAUCUCAAAAUAGUCACCAACAAAAAAAACGGCACGAAGUUCCGAUCACUUCUGCAGUUCCGCUGUCACUUGAAAUAUACAGAAUGUUUCUCAGAGGAGGAAUGCAGAGAAAUCUGAAUUUACAAAUAUUACCGAUUAGUUGACCUUCAAUCCCAAACUGAUGUUCUGUCACUGAAGGCAAAGAUCAGAGCCACGCAGAUGAACAUUAUGAGCUUUCAAAAUAAAAGAGUUUGGAUGUAGCUGUUCCAGCAGCGUCUCAGCUCUCCUCUGCAGAGGAUGCUGUCUGUGCUGCUGAAGGUUGAAAACACGGCACACAGUUGCUCCGGCUGCUGCUGCUUAGCUUCCUUGUUGGAGUUUGUGCAAUCAAAGUGUGUUGUUUUCUCCUCCUGAGUGCAACCGUUUUUCUUUACAGUGGGUUAGUACUAACUUUCUCUUCAAGCUGUUUUGUGGCACAUAAAUGGAUCGAUUCCGUCGUGCAUCUGUCACAUCAAACCGUUUGAGCGUAGAUGUUUGCACAGACGGAGAGCAGAGAGCAGAAAAGAUGGAGAAGCGUUGCUGUGAAAUGAGAAUCUGAAAUUUGUCUUUUUUUGUUUGUUUUCUGACAUUUGGACAUUUACUCGUCUUCAGAAACAUUUUGUUUUCUUCCAAAUAAACCACUCUGCAUGUUUAACUGUUUGUAGUCAAGACAACCUUGAAGAAAAAUAGAUUAUUUCUGCCUCUAGGAUGUGAAGGGUUUGACACUAAAUAAGUUACACUUCUGUUGGAUUACAUUCUGUUUAACAAACAGUUAACUCACAUCUUUAAGCACAGAACUCAAACUACAAGAUGGACUGUUACUAGUUUACAUCAAUAGCUCUGAAUUGGUUUCAUGUCGAUUUGCAACACAAACUGGUCCACAGCAUGAAAAUGAGAGGAUGUGGGGGGAAUAGUGUGUGUGUCAGCACUGGUGGCUGACAUUGUGUCCAGAGUUUUAGGCCUUUUUAUUGUAUAAAUAAAUAUAUAUAUAACCUUUAUUUUAAUCCACACUCUAUUUUGUCGAGUACAGAGCACCUUUGAGUUUUGUUAUCAUUUAUCCGUGAAAGCCGUACUUGGCUCUCUCUCUCCUCGCAUGUGGCGGGGAAAGGGAAAGGUGAGUCGUUGCCACUAUCCUGCACACGUCCAGACCAAUCAGAGAAGGUUUCACGUUCAGCUGCGUCCUCAGCUCUGCUUAGGAGAAGAACCACUUUGGCUGUGGAAUUUCAACGCAGCCUGAAAACAAAAAAAAUCCCAAGUGCAUCAACUGUCUGACCAGAGGGUUAUGUCUGUUUUUAGUCACCACUGGACCCAAAAGCAGAGACUCUUGAAGGUGUUUCACACAGGUGUGUACAGUAUGUCUCCCGACUUGUUGCCUGUCAUUGUUUAGCAACUCUAACUAAACAAUAAAUUUAUGUUUUUUUAUAUA